CCAAAUCCUCGCCUGAAUCCGGCGAAGCCAAGACCGAAACCCCACCAAAAACCUCUCCUCCGGCGGCGUCCGGUUUCCACCACCCCGCCAGCCGCCCCCCCAGCACCGACCAUUCCAGCUGUGUAGACCAUGCGCGGCCGUCUCGACCUCCUCCCGCGCCUAUUGCUCCGCCGCCACGCCCACCGGCGGUCCAAGCCCUCGUCCCCACCGCCCCCUCCCCCUCCCCCCAACCCGCCGCGCCCGCCGCAGAAGCCGGACCCCGUCUCCAUCCACGGGGAGACGUGGCACGACAACUACGCCUGGAUGGGCGCCCUCUCCGACGCCGCCGCCAUGCGCCACAUGGACGUCCACAUGGAGGCCGAGGAGAAGUACGCCGAGGCCUGCCUCGCCGCCUGCGGCGCCGACCGCCUCGCCCGGAAGCUCCAGCUCGAGAUGGCCUCCCGCCUCGCCACGGACGCCUGCACCCCGCCCGUCCGCUGGGGUCCCUGGCUCUACUACCGACGCGCGGACGAGGGCAAGCAGUAUCCCGUGCUUUGCCGCCGCUCCGCUAAGCUCCACAGCGAGUUUGUCUCGUACAGUGACCCCUCCGCUGGGUUUGACUUCACGGCUGGGAAGCGCAUCGAGCAAAAAUUGGUGGACUACAAUAAGGAGGCCGAGCGAUUCGGAGGAUACUCAUAUGAGGAGCUGUCUGAAGUAUCUCCAGAUCACAGGUUCAUUGCAUACACAAUGUAUGACAAAGAUAAGGACUCCUUCACCUUAAUGGUCAGGGACCUAGUAACAGGGACACUGUGUGAUAAGCCUCGCGCUGAUCGGGUAUCAAAUAUUUCAUGGGCUAUGGAUGGGAAAGCAUUGGUUUAUAUUGUUACAAAUGAGGAAAGAAGGCCGUACCGAUUGUUUUGCAGCAUGAUUGGAUCCAACAAGGAUGACAUUCUCAUUUUGGAAGAACCUGAUGAGAAUAUUUUUCUAAAUAUCAGGCAUACCAAGGAUUUUCGGUAUAUAACAUUAAAUGUCUUUUCAGACAUUCAUUCAAAGGUGUAUUUAAUAAAAUCUUCUGAUCCCUUGUCCCAAAUGAAACUUGCAUGGGAAGGGGAAUCCCAAGUUCAUUGCAUUGUUGAACAUCAUCGCGGACACCUUUAUUUGUUUACAGAUGCUGCAAGAGAAGGUGUCCCUGUUGAUUCACAUUAUCUAAUGCAGUCUGAUGUGGAAUCUCCUGGGCCUAAGAAUUGGAAGAAUGUUUUUAUCAAGGAGCCUGGUGUCAUUCUUGAAGAUGUUGAUUUUUGUGAUACUCAUAUGGUGCUCACUUUGAGACAAGGGAGAAAACUUAGACUUUGUGCAAUUAAUUUGCCUCUAACUGAAGGCAUCAAUGUACCUGCUCAUCUAUCAGAUUUCCAUCCAUUCGACCUGCCCCUUCCCAAUGAUGUGUGUCAGAUUGUAUCUGGGCCAAAUUAUGAUUAUUAUUCCUCAACAAUGCGUUUCACAAUAUCGUCACCUGUGAUGCCUGAUGCUGUUGUUGACUACAACUUAUUGAAUGGAAAGUGGCAGAUAGUACAACAACAAAACAUGCUUCAUGAACGAACAAAAGCACUGUAUGGUACUGCUUUUGCUGCAAAUACAGGCAGGUUAUCCUCAGAUAGAGCUGAUUUUCCAACUGAAGGUUUUGAAGAUUGUGCUUGGAAUGAACUCUCUGAAUACUAUGCUUGUGAAUACUACGAUGUUCCAUCAAAGGAUGGCGUUUUGGUUCCACUGACUUUAGUAUAUUCACGGAAGCAUAAGCAAGAUGGAAAUCCAGGAUUACUUCACGGACAUGGUGCUUAUGGUGAGGUUCUGGAUAAACGUUGGCGCAGUGAGUUAAAGAGCUUACUGGAUCGCGGUUGGGUGAUUGCCUAUGCUGAUGUUAGGGGAGGUGGAGGUUAUGGUAAGAAGUGGCACCAAGAAGGUUCAUGGACCAAAAAAAUGAAUUCUGUAUGUGAUUUCGUUUCUUGUGGAGAGUUUCUUCUUGAAAAGGGUAUCAUACAAGAAAAUAAGCUUGCUGGAUGGGGAUAUAGUGCUGGAGGGCUUCUGGUGGCUUCAGCAAUUAAUACUCGCCCAGAUUUGUUUCGCGCUGCUGUUCUGAAGGUCCCUUUCUUGGAUGUUUGCAGCACCCUUCUCCAUCCUAUUCUACCUCUUACAGCCAUUGACUAUGAAGAAUUUGGGUUCCCUGUGGACCAUGAAGAGUUCCUUGCUAUCAGAAAGUAUUCUCCUUAUGACAACAUUCAGAGGGAUGUUCCUUACCCAGCUGUGUUUGUGGCAUCAUCAUUUAAUACAAGGUUUGGUGUAUGGGAAGCAGCAAAAUGGGUUGCAAAAGUCCGUGAAAUUACUCUAUAUGAUCCAGAGCGGCCUGUGAUUCUCAAUUUGACUACAGAUGUUGUAGAAGAAAGCAAGUAUUUGCAGACUAAGGAAUUAGCAUUGGAGACUGCCUUCCUAAUCAAGAUGGUAAACAAUGUGUGAUCAGCAGGUUUUAUCUUUCAGGAUAAAAACCUGUUGCUCAAAGAUGCAAAGCUCAGGCUGACAGGCUGUGGUGGCAAUCCUCUACAUGCAACACAAUCUUAAGUAUCAAUCCAUUAAGUGGAGCUUUUAUGAGAAUACCUGAUGAAAUCAUAUGUGCAUAUCCUUGAAUCAUGUGACCAAUUCCCAAUUGGUCUGGUUGUCUGCCACCAUGGUUAGAUAAAAUUGAAUUUGGAGAACUGUAAUCUACUUAUUUCAAGGGGCAUGCUGAUGUUCGACAAGUGCACAGAACACACAGUAUACUGCUACUAAGUGUUGACAUGCCCUCCUAGAUGCUGAAUUUUACCUUUGGUGUGCUGCUACAAUUGACACAGUAUACUGCUACUAGGUGUUGACAUGCCCUCCUUGAUGCUGAAAUUUGCCUUUGGUAUGCUGCUACAAUGGACAUGUCUCAACUCAUAAAUUAGUUAUCAUCAAAUCAAGUUUUGGUCUCUUCAUUAUUUCAACCAUGGGAAUUGACAUUGAUUGCUGCAUCAAGUUAAUAGUACCAUAAUAAUCUCAUAUUGUAGAUUUGAAAGAGCUGGUAUCUAAAAUGGAGGCUAGGUGGAGUAGAAUUUGACUCAGACAAAGCCCGGCCGAAUGUACCACUGCAGUUUGGGCCACGGGCACUAUGGCAGAAGCAGACAAACAGAACAUAUGUGUCAGCAGCUACAAUUUCAUCCUGAAUCUCCUGACAGAUUAUGAAUGGCCAUCGGAGGGCAAAAGAGGGGGGCAUGUGUAACCUGAUGCUUUGUUCAAUAUGGGGAGCAUCUGGAAAUGCAAAUGCUAUAGCAGAUUACACAAAGGAUAGUGUGGAGAGAGAAAUUCCCUACAUUUGAGCAAGAGGGAGGUGAAAUUCCCUACAUUUGAGCAAGAGGGAGGUGUGUUUUGGUGAUUGCCAUUUUUUUUUGGUAUUGGCAAUGGGAUUGUUAGUUUGCUGGAGCACCUCCCAUUACCAAAAGAACAAGUUUUUAGUAUUGGGAUGAGGUAUAGGUAAUCUGCUGGAGAUGCUUGCAAAUCAGGCGUGUCAGCCCAAUGCAUUGGAGGCUUGGGUGGAAAGCACUCGUCUGUCGAAAGUGGAUCUGUUGUACAAAUACGUUUCUAUGAUCUUCAUCUCUAAAUUUAAUUAUGUAUAUGAUUUAUCUCAUUGUUGGAUGUAUUGAAUUUCACUUGUUCAAAGUUACAAUUCAGACAGUCACUGUGUUGACGUCUCGCAAGCCGGACCACAUUUGCGUAGUGUACUUUUCAGAGCAUGGACAGAACCAAUGUUGUUUCUC